CGCAAAAUUCUGUAGAUGGCAAACAACAACACAAACAACCUCGCCCUGCGUUCCAUUCUGGAUAAAGAUAAAUUGAACGGAACAAACUUUGUUGACUGGCAACGCAAUCUCUCCAUUGUUCUCCGCAUGGAUGAGAAAGAGUAUGUGCUCGAAAAGCCCAUUCCUCCUGCCCCUCCCGCUAACGCCCCGAAAGCGGUCAAAGAUGCCUACGAGAAACACGUUAAGGAUGAUAACCAGGUUAGCUGUGUCAUGCUGGCAACCAUGAUAACCGAGCUGCAAAAACAGCACGAGGACAUGAAGGCCCACGAGAUGAUCGUGGCCUUGCGGCAGCUAUACCAGGGGCAAUCCAGGCAUGAACGUUUUCUCGUGAGUAAGGCUCUCUUUAGUUGCAAGCUCUCUUCAGGGAACCCGGUCAGUCCGCACAUUCUCAAAAUGAUUGGUUACAUAACCAAUCUGGAGAAACUCGGGUUCUCCUUGCGGAAGGAGCUGGCAACGGACCUGAUCCUGCAGUCGCUCCCUGAGCUGUAUAAGGGUUUUGUCAUGAACUACAUGAUGCAUGAUCUUGACAAACCCCUUCCGGAGCUUCUUAAAAUGCUCCAGACUGCAGAGGAGAACCUUACUAAGGGCAAGGGUGCUUCCAUCCUUAUGGUCCAAGGCGGAAAGGGGAAGCCGAAGAACGGGAUUAAGAUUAAGGCUAGGACGGUCGGAAAGCCUAAAUCGAAGUCCACUUCAUCUGCAACCCAGAAACCCAUAGGAGGAGUUGCAAAGGGCAAAUGUCAUCACUGUGGUAAGGCAGGCCACUGGAGAAGAAACUGCAAGACAUACCUCGCAACCAAGAAGAAGGAAGGUACGACCAUUUCUUCUGAGGUGUAUGUGAAAAGGUAACCAUGCAAGGAUAGGCAGCGGAAUAUAAAAAUUUUAACAUCCUAACAUGACUAUCUUGCCCAGAAUCACGUACUAAAACUUAUAGUAGUAAGAAAUUUGUACCUUUCUUCGUAAGCGGUAAAAACAAAGAAGUCGUAGGAAGAGCGUUGAAAGUGCAAACGUAACCGUUCAAGCGUCCGGUCUCCAACUUUGACACACGAACAACGCCGGAGUCUACCACAAUCUUUAUGCUAGUAAAGAUUAUAGUAGUAUAAAAUAUAAAGAUUAAAAUUGGGAUAAUAAUAAUCUUGUAUAUUUCUUAUAGAAAAUAUUUCUAAUAAUAUUUAGAAAAUAUU